AUUUAUCGAGACAUUAGUCAUUGUCAAAACAUGGUGUCAUGGAAACAUUGUAACCUAUAUUUGGCACCUACUGUUAAUAGGGGGGCAAAUUGGGUGGGGCUAUUACUCCCAGUUUUCGGUCGCAGAACUUUUACUAGCUGGCAAAAUGUGAUAUUAUCCUUAGAUUGGAACACUUGUGCAUGCAACAUGCACACAUUCUGGCUCCGCCUACGAGAACCGCCGGGUGGUACCUCCGCGGAACACGUGUGCAUGCAACAUGCACACAUUCUGGCUCCGCCUACGAGAACCGCCGGGUGGUACCUCCGCGUUCGACAGUGCCAGAAGUCAGCCUCAUCACAAUCGACCUGACCUCCGAUGAGAUAUUACAAGAGUGGCAACGUGUAUGAACUUGUGCUGACAGUGGGUGAUGUCCUUACUUUUCCAAGUCAUCUUCGACCUCCAAUAAUGCCAUCUCUGAAGCAGAUGUUACAUCACAUUAGAGCCAAACAUUGAUAAGCUGAAGCAGCAAGACGUUUAGGCACGUACAGCUACAAAACGAGUUCACAACAAGUGUACAACAGCUAGUGUUAAGUUGACAGUUGCAGAGAAACCUACGUUGUGUCACAAAAAAUCAAAAAAUGUUGAUUAAAAUCGACAAAAUGUCACUUUUCAAGAUACGUAAUACCCGUGUGGACCUAUGAACUUUUUCCAUAUUUUAACAUGCAGAAUCCGGUCCAGGUAGAUUGAAAUAUUGAGAUUUUGCAGAUGGCAGACAAUUUUCGUUAGUCGUUCGGGCACCAGAACGUUUCUGAAAUUUGUUUUCUAUAGAAUAAAAUUUUAUUGGUCUUUUUGAUCAUAAUGUAAAAAAAAGUAAAAUACAUUAAGACACAUUGACAAAUAGAGUAUAAAAGAUGGUUAACACAUAGCAAGGACAACGAUUACAUUGACAAGUAGUAUAAAACAAUAAAAUCAAAAAAAAACUAACAUAUGACUAAUAAGGCUAAUAUAUUCCCAAAUUUUAUCGUUUAAGUACUCUCCUAGACUAUAGUAUGCUAUUAGCCGUUUUUAAGGGUUCUCUCAAAAGCAUACUGGUUCAUUUCUUUUAUACUCUUUGGUAACUUAUUACAUAUAUAAUUUGAUAGCGAUGUGUCUGGAAUUAAUGUGAG